AUGACUACUUGGCUUGCCAUUUUUCUAGUUUCUCUUGCUUAUUAUCUCCUGAAUGCAUGGAGAAACAAGAAGGCGAAGAAACUACCUCCUGGUCCUAGAGGGCUGCCGAUCUUAGGAAACCUUCACAUGUUUGGGUCUCAUCCUCACAGAGAUCUGCACAAGCUGUCACAAAAACAUGGACCUAUCAUGGGCCUACGAUUAGGAUUCGUGCCGGCCAUCGUUGUGUCUUCGCCUCAAGCUGCUCAACUCUUCCUCAAAACACACGACCUCGUAUUUGCCAGCAGACCACCUCACGAGGCUGCCAAGCACAUCGCUUGGGAUCAAAGGAACUUAACCUUCGGCGAAUAUGGUUCCUAUUGGCGCGACAUGCGUAAAAUGUGCACCUUGGAAUUACUCAGCAGCUCCAAAAUCAAUGCUUUCCGACCUAUGAGAAAAGAGGAGCUCGACCUUUUAAUCGAGUCUCUCAAAGAAGCAACACGCAAUGAAGCUUCUGUGGAUCUUAGUGCCAAGGUUGCUGCACUGAGUGCCAACAUGAGUUGCAGAAUGAUCCUAGGAAAGAAAUACAUGGACGAUGAGUUUGAUGAGAAGGGGUUCAAGGCUGUGAUGCAAGAGGGAAUGCACUUAGCCGCAACGCCUAACAUAGGCGAUUACAUUCCUUUCAUCGGUGCCCUCGAUCUUCAGGGCCUUACUCGUCGCAUGAAGGUUGUAGCCAAAACAUUUGAUGACUUCUUUGAGAAAAUCAUAGACGAGCAUAUUCAUCAGUCCAACAGUGAGGACAAGAAAACCAAGGAUUUCGUGGAUGUCAUGUUGGGCUUCGUGGGGACAGAAGAAUCAGAAUACCGCAUCGAACGCUCCAAUAUCAAAGCCAUAAUGUUGGAUAUGCUGGGGGGAUCAAUGGACACGUCAGCGACAGCCAUAGAAUGGACACUGUCAGAGCUCUUGAAGAACCCAGGGGUGAUGAAGAAGGUUCAGAAAGAGCUGGAAAUCGUGGUGGGAAUGGAGAGGGAGGUGGAGGAAUCAGACUUGGAAAAACUGGAAUACCUAAACAUGGUUAUAAAGGAAAGCUUGAGGCUUCAUCCAGUGGCACCCUUGCUGGUUCCACACCAGUCAACUGAAGACUGCACCGUGGGAGAAUAUUUUAUCCCAGGAAAAUCAAGAGUGAUAAUAAACGCGUGGGCAAUCAUGCGAGACCCCAGCGCUUGGAGCGAGGCUGAAAGGUUUUGGCCAGAGAGAUUCCAGGGGAGAAGCAUAGAUGUGAGGGGGCAGGACUUCGAGCUGAUUCCAUUCGGGGCGGGUCGGAGGGGUUGCCCCGGUUUGCAACUGGGUCUAACAGUGAUACGCUUAGUGGUGGCUCAGCUUGUACACUGCUUUGACUGGGAGCUUCCACGUGGCAUGUCGCCUUCAGAUUUGGACAUGACUGAAGAGUUUGGCCUCACUAUGCCCAGAGCCAACAAUCUAGUUGCCGUUCCCAAGAAAGAUCGACUCCAACGUUGA